AAUUAGUAGUGAUAAAAGUUUAUCUAAACACCCAUAAUAAUAUGUGAAAUGUUAGACAUUAAUUGAUAAUUAUUAUUGAUAAAUAUUAAAUAGUAAUAAUAAUUUAAAAACGUGCAAUUUACCAGCUAGAAGUAAUUGGUAAAGAAGGUAUUGAAUUUUCAGAUUUACAAAAUGGCAGCUGAAGAAUUACAGAAACAGUUCCAAACAGAACUGGAUGCUUUUAAACAAUGUCAAAAAGAAAUUAAUCAAUUGGCUGGAAUGCGUCAACAAUUGGAUGGUCAACUAAAUGAAAACUCAAUUGUCAAAGAAGAGUUAGCUCUAUUAAAACCUUCAGGUGAAGUAUAUAAAAUGGUUGGCCCUAUAUUACUGCGCCAAGAUCACACAGAAGCUAAAGAAAAUAUUGACAAACGUAUGAGUUAUAUAAAAAACGAGUUGCAAAGAAUUGAUGACCGGAUACACACAUUAGAGGGAAAACAAGACGAAUAUAGGGAGACACUUACUAAAUUACAACAACAGUUUCAAGCUCAACAAAUAAAAAAGUGAUUUAAGUUGGGUAUCAAUCAUUUCAAAUCAACUAAAAAAAAAUUAUGCUACUAACUAUUUAUUUAGUGUGUCUAAUUCAUUGAAUUUCUUAUAAUUUAUAAAUGUUUUCAUAAGUAAUAGCACUAAUAAUAUAUUAACGUGUAUUCAAUAUAUCCAUGAACCUAAAAAUAAAUAGUUUAUUUAAUUUACUAAUAAAUAAUAAAUAUUUGUCCAAUAAUAAUUCAUUUUUUAAGUUAAGUAUCAAUCAAUAAGUAACUUACUAGGUAAUAAUCGUAGCCCUAUUAAUAGGUCUAUGGUAAUAAUACAAAAUUGUUGGAUGUUAAAGUAAUAUGUAUUUAAGUGAAAAUUAUACUUUAUAUAUUCAAUAUUA